UGACACAGAACCACCCUGCACAGACCAUGGGAGGCUCCCACCUCAUCGCCUUUCACAUCCUACAGGCGCUGUGUGUCUUGCUGAUUCUGUUGGAAGAUGGAUCCAAGAACACCAGGGCCUCUGCCUGUCCCCAGCAGUGCCCUCCAGACUCCUCAUGUGUCAGUGGCACUGCCUGUCACUGUGAUCCAGGAUUCCAAACUCCAUUUGGAAAGAACAAAGUCAAUCACGGAGAGAUUUGUGAAGACAUUGAUGAAUGUAAACAACGGUUGAUAGUGACCUGUGGAAAAGACGCACGCUGCCAUAACACAAAGGGGAGCUACUACUGCACAUGCAGACUAGGAUACAGGCCUGGUUUGGGGGCAACGAAGUUUAGUAAUGCAAGUGAGAACAAAUGUCAAGGUAAGAAUGUCCUGCAUCUUCCAUCUCCCCGUCUAUGAGGUUUGGAGUCACCAGAGCCAUUCCUGCAUCAUACAGGGUGCCAGGCCCUGGAUAUAGGUGCAGCACCAGGUCUGAGCGGGACAAGUGUGCCUGUGUCUAUCCCACUAAAACAGAGAGGUGGGGACCCAGGUCCUGGCUUUGCACUUUGACAGCUGGAUAUGCAACA